UUAAACAUCGAUACAACCAACCAAGCUGAGGCAAACUGUAAAUGUGAUCAUCAACCAAAGUGGUUCAAGUUAGAUGAAACUAUAAAUGAUGAGACUGCUAGUUCCUUAUCAAUAGAAUCUCUGAAUAACUACAGAGAGUGUCUUCAAGCAAUAUGUGAAGAGUAUACACUUGAUAAUAUCUGGAAUAUAAAUGAAACAUCUCUUUAUUAG